AUGGCAGACGCUGGCGACCCGGUCAACUAUCGGUACUUCUGCAUGGCUCAGACCGUCUACAAGGCGGCCAUCGACCUGGCCGAGCUCGACACCGUGCUGCCGUACCUCUGGAGCUUCAGAAAGGUUCCCUGGCAGCAGAAGGUGGCUCUGGCCGCCGUCUUCAACCUGGGCAUCCUCGUCGCGAUCCAGUCGUGCCUGCGCAUCGCCAGCCUCGUCAUAUCUGCCACCACACCGGACAGCUCGUACGACAUCGAGAACGUCGUAUGA